CAACCCCAUAAUUACACUUGCCCACAUUAUUAUUAUUAAAGACUAUAAAUACAACCCGGGCGAUCCAUGAAAACCCAGAAACCUAACGCACAUACAUUCGCUGAAGGCGAUGAAUGAUAAAAUGAAGAUUUUUAUCUUUUCAAUUUUUCUGGUUUUUCAAGCUCUUUGUUCUGUUUCUUCUGCGGCCACCGGCGGCUCAAUCUACGACAAGUUUGUCGGCUGUCUCACCGGCGCCGGUAGCGCAAUCCCAAGAGACCAAGUGUCUAAAAUUGUGUAUGCCCAAAACAAUACCCAAUUCUCGUCCGUUUUAAACGCCUAUGUGCGAAAUCUCCGGUACAACACCUCGGCAACGCCCAAACCGGUGAUCAUUGUAACUCCCUUGGAAGAGUCGCACGUUCCGGCGGUGGUUCUGUGCGCCAAGAACGCCGACAUUCAGAUCAAAAUCCGCAGCGGCGGCCAUGACUACGAGGGGCUUUCUUACGUCUCGGAGGAGUCUAACUUUAUCAUUCUUGAUAUGUUCAAUCUCCGGUCGAUCGACGUGGAUAUGGCGACCGAGACGGCGUGGGUACAAGCCGGCGCUACCCUCGGCGAGCUUUACUACCGGAUCGCGGAGAAGAGCCCGGUUCACGGGUUUCCCGGCGGGGUCUGCCCCACCGUCGGCGUCGGCGGGCACUUUAGCGGGGCCGGGUACGGGAACAUGCUCCGGCAGUACGGGCUGACCGUGGACCACGUGGUGGACGCGCGUAUUGUCGACGCGACGGGAAGAAUUCUGGACGCGAAGGCCAUGGGAGAGGAUCUGUUCUGGGCAAUCCGCGGCGGCGGCGGCGGGAGCUUUGGGGUGAUUUUAGCCUACAAAAUUAAACUGGUUCAAGUACCCAAAAAGGUAACAUAUUUCCGGGUGGAAAGACUGUUGAGCCAGAACGCCACCGACGUGGUUUUAGAGUACCAGAAGGCGGUAACCUCCAUCGACAGCAACCUCUUCAUCCGCCUUCUUCUCCAGCCCAUCACGCCGCCCAGCAUCGUCGACCCGGUCACCGGAAAAAAGGUGAAACAAAACAAGACCAUCAGAGUCACCUCCAUGGGCCUAUUCCUCGGCGAUAAAUCCCGGCUUUUAUCCAUCACCGACAAGGAAUUGCCGGUUUUGGGACUAAAAUCCUCCGACUUAAUCCAAAUGACCUGGAUCCAAUCAGUUCUCCAAUGGGCCAAUUUCGACUACAAAACCACAAAACCAGAAAUCUUAUUAAGCAGAGCCCCAGACGAACUGAAAUUCGGCAAGAGAAAGUCCGAUUACGUCCAAACACCUAUCCCCAAAGACGGACUAGAAUCUCUGUGGAAGAAGAUGGUGGAGCUGGGAAAAGUCGGGCUGGUUUUCAACUCCUACGGCGGAAAACUGGCGGAAACCCCAGACGACGCAACCCCAUUCCCCCACCGCGCCGGAAUUCUGUUCAAGAUCCAAUACUCGGUAUCCUGGUCGGAAUCCGGCGAAGAAGCCGAGACCCAGUUCCUCACCCAAGCAAAGGAUCUCCACACAUUCAUGACCCCAUUCGUUUCCAGCAACCCAAGGCAGGCCUACUUGAAUUACAGAGAUUUGGACAUCGGCACCACCGACAACGGCCCCAAACGUUACGAACAAGCCAAGGUUUUCGGCGCCAUGUACUUCAAGAACAACUUCGACAGAUUGGUUAAGGUGAAGACGGCGGUUGACCCCGACAACUACUUCAGGAAUGAGCAAAGCAUUCCUCCGCUGUCUCCGAUAGGGAGCCGCAAACAUGUUGCCAAGCUCUAGAUUAUAUAUAUUUUUAUAUUUUAUUAUUAUUGCAAUUUUAUAUUUUUAGCGAAGAAAGUAUACUGAGGGUGAGGCAUCUGUCUUCUACCAGAUUUUAGUAAUGAUAAAGUGAUUAAGAUUCUAAAAGGCACA